AUGGCGAUUGAAGGUGGAGAAAGAACCUGUGGAGUACAUGAACUUAUCUGUAUUAGAAAAGUAUCUCCAGAGGCAGUUGGAUUUUUGUCAGCUGUUGGGGUGUUUAUUAUCUUGAUGCUGCUCCUUUUUCUCUAUAUUAAUAAGAAGUUCUGUUUUGAAAAUGUUGGCGGGUUUCCAGAUCUUGGUUCAGGAUACAGUACAAAGAAGAAUUCACAAGAUAAAAUUUAUAAUUCCUACAUUGACAAAGAUGAGCAUGGUUCGUCCUCUGAAAGUGAAGAUGAAGCACUGGGUAAAUAUCAUGAGGCCUUAUCCAGAACACACAAUUCCAGACUACCAUUGGCAGAUUCUAGACAAAAGAGCUAUACUUGGGAAACAAGACAGAAAUAUAGCCCUCUCUCUGCAGAGUAUGAUGGAUACAGUAGCGAAGCAUCAAUAGAUGAAGGAAACUGCAUUCAGAGAAUGAGAAGAACACCCCCACUGGAUGAAUUGCAGCCACCACCAUAUCAGGAUGACAGUGGUUCUCCCCAUCUCUCAUGUACACCCUCAGAAAUUGGGGACAGUAAAUGUGAAUUUUCCCACUGCAGCAACAGUCCAAGAUGCUCAUAUAACAAGUGUCCAAGUGAAGGAAGCACAGGUCAUGAAAUAGAAAGUUUUCAUAAUAAAGGAUAUGAAGAAGAUGUUCCAAGUGACAGCACUGCAGUCCUGAGCCCUGAAGAUAUGUCAGCUCAAGGAUCAUCUUCACAGCUUCCUAAACCUUUUGAUCCUGAGCCAGAAGCUAAAUAUGGCACACUGGAUGUGACUUUUGACUAUGACUCACAAGAACAGAAGCUGCUGGUAACAGUGACAGCUGUCACAGAUAUCCCCACAUAUAACAGGACAGGUGGCAACUCAUGGCAAGUACACCUUGUUCUUCUACCUAUAAAGAAACAGAGAGCAAAAACCAGCAUCCAAAGAGGACCAUGCCCUGUCUUCACAGAAACAUUCAAAUUUAAUCAUGUUGAAUCUGAGAUGAUUGGAAAUUAUGCAGUUCGGUUUAGACUGUAUGGUAUACAUCGCAUGAAAAAAGAAAAGAUUGUGGGGGAAAAGAUUUUUUAUUUAACAAAACUGAAUCUUCAAGGGAAAAUGUCAUUACCUGUGAUAUUGGAACCUUCUUACAAUCAUUCUGGCUGUAACUCCCAAAUGAGCGCGUCAGAAGUCUCCUGUAGUGAAAGUACAUCCUCCUGUCAGUCUCUUGAACAUGGCUCAGUUCCAGAAAUCCUCAUUGGCCUGCUUUAUAAUGCCACAACUGGGAGACUAUCAGCAGAAGUGAUAAAAGGCAGCCACUUCAAAAACUUGGCAGCAAACAGACCACCCAAUACAUAUGUUAAAUUAACUCUACUGAAUUCCAUGGGUCAAGAGAUGUCCAAAUGCAAGACAUCCAUCCGCAGAGGGCAGCCAAAUCCAGUAUACAAGGAAACGUUUGUUUUUCAAGUGGCCCUAUUUCAACUCUCUGAUGUGACACUCAUACUGUCUGUGUAUAACAAACGCAGCAUGAAAAGAAAAGAGAUGAUAGGCUGGAUUUCUUUAGGUCUGAACAGCUCUGGAGAAGAGGAACUCAAUCACUGGACUGAAAUGAAAGAGUCGAAAGGACAGCAAGUAUGUAGAUGGCACGCGUUGCUAGAGUCGUGAUGACUAGGAUUAAUGAGCAAUUGCAGUUCAAGGCAGCGUCAUUUCUGAGUACAACAUUACUCUUCUUACCUAGUCACCAUGGGAAGAUCUAUUCUUUGAAGAACCAUCUUUAACAUUCUACCCAAAUGCUUUAAAUUCUGUGGAAAGAACAUCUAAUACGGACAUAAAUGAAGAAAAGAAGUGUCUCUAGUAGAGCUUGUUUGAGAAAAUGAGAAACUUUCAUCUUUCUUAAACUGACAAUCCUCCAGAACUUUAAGAGCAUCGUUUUGGUUUGAAGUUAAUUUUACUCUAGCAAAAGAGCCAAUAAUUUUAUGAAAAAUCAAAAUUAUAAAUGAUUUUGAAAAUCAGAAUUUUUAGUUACAGCACCCUUUUAGGUCACCCUACAUAUACACAGGACAAAUUUUGACUGGCUCAUCCCUGGUGUUCGUAAUGUUCUUUAAUAUGCGAAAGUCAUUCUCCAGCGUUGUCAGUCAGAUCUAAUGGUGAAAGGUUUCAAUCACAUUGAAAAUCAUUUUAUUUCAGAUAUUUUCCCUUUGUGCACUUAGUUUUGUUGUGCCUCAGUUCUUCUCAAUAGCACUAAAUCUAAGUGCAAGCAAGUAUUCAUUUUCAUAAGGGAAUGUUUUUUAUGUGUUAUUUUAAGAAAAGCUCACUUCUUCAUUUGCCUCUGAUUUUGCCUGAUCCAAAGAGACCAAGUUACGGUACUGGUCCCUUGCAAGUCUUCUAGACAGGUUGUACUGUAGACCAUGUAACUUUCUGUUGAAAGCACUUCCUGUAUUCUUGUAUUCCAAUGUAGGAAGCUAAUAGAGCAGGACUUCACUUUAAAAUCUCUUUCAAUGGUUGACUCUUUAAAAUUGUAAUAACGUGAAAAUACAUUUUUUACAAACUAAAAAAAUAUAGUGAAUAAGCUGUUGAAAAUUGAAAACAAUUCAAGUUAAAGAAAAUUUUAAUCAUCUGCUCUGAGUAUUUAGUAACCAACACUACAUAAAGCAGGUAGCAUUCAAAUAAGAAACAGUUCUCUUCACUCUUACUUCAAUUUGUAUUUGUGAUCUAAAGACUCUCCAGUUCUAAGUGUGAAUCAGAACAUCAUGUUAAAAACAGUUCUGAGAUUCCUUAAGAAGUUUCUAGUGACUUGUGACUAGAUUUUUUGAGAUUUACAGGUACGUUCUUCAGCGUGAUGUCAUCCUGUGCCUUCCAUGUAAGUUAAAUUUGCUCAUACAGCUUGAAAGUUGUAUUUGCAAAAUUAGGCCUUCAAUUUUUAUAAAUGUGAAGAUUAGAUUCCUCAAAGCAGUGUCACAAGAUCUUUAUUUCCUCAGAAGUAUGUAAAAGUUGUAUAAUGUGCU